AUGGCAGUACCUGUCACCACAAUCUCUGGUCCCAGGGCAGAAAUGAGCAUCCUGGAAACCAACCAGUACCUGUGCUCCCAGCUACAAAAAAGCAAACAGAACUUCCGAGACCUCACAGAGAAAUACCUAAUAUCCCAAGCUACUGCUUACUCCCUGGCCAACCACCUGCAAAACUACAUGUGUGAAGAGUGCAAAGAACUCAUUAAAUCUGUGCUAGAGGAGAAGCUGCAGUUUGAGGAAGAGAAGCUGGCAGAGAAGACCAGACCAGCUGCAAGGCUCGGGAAAUAUGAGCCCCUAAUUCAGGCUCAGGCCCAAGAACUGACCCCCUUGCGGCAGAAGAUACAGGAAGGGAGAGGCGUCUGUUACCUUUUCACUCAGCAUGUGAAGAACACAGUCACAUGUUUUCAGGGCCUUCUCAGGAGCCCUGGCAUUGACUACCACCAGGGACAGAGAUUCUGUGAGCAGCUGGCUCAAGGAAGCCAGCUGGCAGAGAGCCUUGUCAGAAAACUCACCAUGAAAAAUCAUAAUGAUAAGAAGAAUAAAGACAGACAAGAGCCACUGGCCUCCAGGCUCAGCAGGGGGCUCCAGGAGGAGGAAGUGAAUGAAGUCCUGGAGAACUCACUAGAUGAACAAUACCUGACUAGUUCCAGCCUCUGUGGCUCCCACCAGCCUCCCAGCAGCACUGCCUUCCUGCCUCAUGCACAGCAAACCACCUCUGCUCUGGAUGUAGCCA